ACAACACUCAUAUAGAAACCACACGAAAACUUGAAAUUGAAACCGCCGUGUAGAGAGAGAUUUUGUGUUUCCUGAAGAAGCUGGAUCUGAGUUUCUUCUCCUAAAAAAAUUUCUCGAAGGUUCGUCAAUCAUCUUCGCUAUCUAUUGGCGUUACAAGUUUAAGGAGGAAUGAAACAUUCCAAGGAUCCAUUUGAAGCAGCAAUUGAGGAGGAGCAAGAGGAAUCUGCGCCGGAAUCACCCGUUGGCGGCGGCGGAGGAGGAGGAGGAGGAGGCGAUGGUAGUGAAGAAGGACGAACUGAAAUCGAUCAGACACAGGAGGAGGAUGAGAGACCUGUAGAUGUUCGCCGUCCGGCAAAGAAGUCUAAAACCUCCGUUGCUGUGGCCGAAGCGAGGAACAAAGAUGACGAUGAAGAAGAAGAGGAAGAGAAUAUGGAAGUUGAGCUUACUAAAUACCCAACUUGUGCUGACCCUGCUAAGAUGGCUAAAAUGCAAACCAUUUUAUCGCAAUUCACAGAGGAUCAGAUGAGUAGAUAUGAAUCUUUUAGGAGAUCUGCACUUCAAAGACCACAGAUGAAGAAGCUGUUGAUAGGUGUCACAGGGAGUCAGAAGAUUGGUAUGCCAAUGAUUAUUGUUGUCUGUGGUAUAGCGAAGAUGUUCGUUGGUGAACUCGUUGAAACAGCUCGAGUUGUUAUGGCGGAAAGGAAAGAAUCAGGACCUAUAAGACCUUGUCAUAUCAGGGAGUCCUAUCGUAGACUAAAGCUUGAAGGGAAAGUGCCUAAAAGAUCAGUUCCUCGGCUCUUCCGCUAGUCAGAACUAGAGACGAAUAGACAACUUUUUCUUGGCUACAGACUCGGAAGUUCACAUAUGUUUGUUUAGGGAGUUUAUAAGCUGGCGAGAUCUAUCUACCUAUCAAUCCCAUUAUGAAGAAGACUGCUUUAGCUUCUCUUGUGGAUUAUAAUUGUUCAUUGAUCUUUUGGAAUGUUGUGGUAACUUUUUCUUUGGAUGCAAGAUCAUGAAUCUUGGAAUACCUAGAAAUUGGUAUGUUGUUUGGUAUAGUAGUACUAGUUUUGGUUAUAAGCUUUUGGCUAACUAAAAAGUUGGUGUCUGUUUCAGAUUUGUUUUGGCAUCCAAAAGAAUUUAGGUUUUGUCAGUUACAACA